GGUUAAUGGGUUACAAUUCUACAGGAAGGGCUUCCCUGAGCAUGCGUUCCCUGCUCUUCCUGUAGAGAGGAUACAUAUAUACUUUUUAACGAUUUGUCUUUUAACUACACUACACGAUAACUACGCGAUUAACUACACACGAUCAAAAUGAACUACAUGCCAGGGACCGCGAGUCUCAUCGAUGACAUAGACAAAAAGCAUCUUGUACUUCUUCGAGAUGGACGAACGCUAAUUGGGUUUCUGAGAAGCAUUGACCAGUUUGCCAACCUAGUUUUUCAUCAAACAGUCGAGCGCAUCCACGUGGGCAAGAAGUUUGGAGACAUCCCCCGGGGAAUCUUCAUUGUGAGAGGAGAGAAUGUUGUUUUGCUUGGAGAAAUAGACAUUGAUAAGCUGUGUGACAACGUCUUGCAGCAAGUUUCUAUAGAGGAGAUCCUGGAGGAGCAGCGAUUGCAACAGCAAGCCAAGCAGAAGACCGAGAAAGCCAAGGUGACCGCACUGAAGGACAGAGGCCUAUCCAUCCCAAAAGCAGAUAAUCUCGAUGAAUACUGAAGGCACUUCUGUUCCAUUUUCUUCCGUAAUACUGGACUCCUCAGUUAUAUGUUGAAUAGGGGAUUAUUUUGAAGACUAUGAGAAGAAUGUGUGCUUUGUAGAUGACGCAAGUCACACUAAAUACUGUACUGAUUUAAUUUUGAUUAUGACUCAUUGGUUUGAAAGCAAACAAUGAAUUAAGUGAUGCAUGAUUUGAGGGUAGACCACACAACUUAGAUUGUCUACAAGACUACAUUUGAUGAGAAAUCAAUUAUGAUUUUCAUAACAUAGCACUGAGAACUAAGUCAAUAGUAUACAGUGAUGAACUCUGUUAGUGUAAGCAGACACAUUGUAAUGACAAGAUUUGUUUUCUAUAAAAGUUUUUGUUAUUUUA